UUGUAGGAUUCCCCUAGUCAAUUGUGAGAAUUUUAUGGUAUCUAUAGGUACUAAACAAAGAUGUCGAACCAUAUUUAUUGUUUUUCUUAGAAGAUGUGAAAUGUACAGAAUAGUUGAAGUAAUAAUUACUCGUUCGCUAAUAAGUUUCAUAAGAGACCACAGUCAUGGGGGCAGAUCAGUUCCUCCUCACAUGGAAUAACCACAGAGCUAACUUUGCUUCUGUCUUCUCUGAUUUCAGACUUCAGGGUCAGCUCGUAGAUGUUACACUGCUAUGUGAUGGAGGAAGCUACCCUGCCCACCGCCUCGUGCUCGCUGCUUGUUCUCCUUACUUUGCCUCUCUCUUUUGUACCCUGGACUCGUCUCAUCCUGUUAUUUUUCUCCGCGAUGUCCGGCAAGCUGAACUUGAGGCUUUGCUGGAGUUUAUCUACAGAGGACAGGUGAGUGUUGCCAACAGUGAGCUUGGAGGACUAAUAAAAAUCGCGGAAUCUUUACGCAUCAAAGGCCUGGGAGAUGUUUCUCAGCGGGAGCCCACCACAUCACCAACUCCUAAUGGUAAUCAGCAGCUUCUCCUUAACUCUGGCAUGAAACGUUCAGCUUCUCCCAACUUCUCUGAGACUCACUCGACCACCUUCUCUCUGCACAACACGGCCAGUGGUGUUGGUGCUGCUGUCUCAUCCAACCGAAGCAAGAAAGUAGCCCGACGUACUAAUAUAAAUCAGCCUCAACAGGGAAAUGAAGAGAACUUGAAGAACAUGGUGGGCACUUCAGGAGUUGCCUCGACUGCCAGCACCUUCCUGCCUGAUCUGAAGGCCAUUUUGACUGCGGCCAACUCGUACACACAAGGCCUCGCUGCUACCUUCCCAGCCCUUGCUGCUGUCUCUGCUGCUGCUGCUCACUAUUCUAAGCAGAAUGGAAGCUAUGAGGAUAACAAUUCUGGCGGUGAAGAAGGAUACAAACUUCGGUGGUGCCUUGAGAAAGGGAAGGAGCAGCUGCAGCAUCAGGCUUCACCCAGCAAACUUAAGACCGAACAUGAAGAGUCUGCUGAGCAGGAAGUGCAAGAAUUGGAUGACCCAAGUAGCAACGACAGCAGCUUUGAAGGCAGUCAGAAUGCCUGUGAUGCAACUCAGUACGUGCAGGAUGACAAUAAUUCAACUUCAAUGACUACCAAGACCGACAACUCGGCGGCUACUUGCCAUCUGUUGCAGCAGCUCUACACCGGCACGACCAACGCUGCUGUCUCAACCAGCGACGUGUCGUCUCUGCUCUCGACCUACCAGCAGCUGCUCACGUCCUCGACUGGCGCCGAGCAGCCUAACGCGAGUGUCAUGGUUGAUGAAGACGCCUCUACUCCUCACUCAAGCUCCGCCAUCCCAACAACCAUUGCCGACGUCUCAGCGCAAGCCAAGGAUGCUAAAUGCUUGACGUGCCAGUUGUGCGGAGCGAAUAUAAAACACACGGCAAACUUCCGGCGUCACAUGAAGCAACAUCUGAACCCCCGUCGCUUUCCUUGCCCCUGGUGCAGCGCUGCGUUUGGACGCAAGGACAAUCUCAAGACCCACACCCGAAAGCACCAUCCUGCUGAGGUGGAGGCUCAGGAAGGAGGAGGUGUGACCAGCAGCCAAGGAGCCACCACGACAGCCGAGGACGGUGCCACCCUGCCUGCGGACGCUGCAACCGCCGGCCCUGUUGAGUGCAACCAAACUAUCGAGGAUGCCUGCAAUGAUAAGGAAGACGACGCAAGUCCUGCUGCUGAAGCGGACCGAAACCUGAAGGCUCCAGCUGAGCUCAAGUGGAGCAAGAAAAUUAAAACUGAAGAAGAAGAUGAAGAGCGUCGCGAAGAAGAGCCUCUUGUAAUUGAUGAAGAUGAUGAAGAUGACGACGAUGAAGAGGAUGAUGAGUAUUAAGAUGAUGACAAUAAAUAGAAUGAUGAGUAUUAAGAGUUGUCAACGCUGAAAUCAAGAAGUUACUGUAGGUAACAGUUGAACAUUUUGUUUCAUACUGCGUUGUACGGACUCGCUUUAGAUUGUCGCUGCAAAAAUUAGUUAUAUAUUCGCAUUGCUCUUCGUUCCAUCUUCAAGUAUUAGUAUACCAAGACUUUCAAGAGGCAUAUUUAUGAAUUGAAAUGUCGCCGUUAAUAUCUUUUGAUCGAGCUUUCAUGGUAAAAAGGCUUUUCGGUGUUGCCAUUUCUUCUGGCGCUCGCGAGUCCAUGCAAAAUCGUAACGCAUAUCUGUUGUUAUUCGAACGUUCUUUCCUGAGGAGUACGUCUCUAGGAAACACAGUUGUGCCGAUGCUAUUUUUGAGAUAUUUCUUAUGUGUGCAAUCUUGUGCAGCCGUUACGGCAUAAUUUAGCAGCGAUGGUAAAGACCUUUGAUGUGAUUUUUUUAUUUCAAAUCUGUUGAUUUAUUUUAUUCUAAUUGUUUGUUGAUUUGCUUCUUAUUUUGCUUGCUACUGGGCUGCAAAUGUGAUCUUGGUGCCUAUCGAUGUGCUCGCCUUUCUUCUUGCUCCUCUAAGAAACCGAAUCUUACAAAUCAUUCGUUUGAUGGCUAUUGAAUCAACUGACUUUCGCUACAUUAUUUCGCGAAUGUUGUCAGCUUGGAGUUUUUACUUGAGUUUAAUGUACGGUAACUUUAAUGCUCUCUUACGUAGUUUAGACGCUUUUUAUGACCAUUGUUUUUCUAGUGUUUUGCUAGUACGAAAGCUAGGUUGCGAUGCUCGCUUGCCUAUAUCAUGGCUUCAUCCCUUCCUGUGCUUUAUAAAAAACCGAGUGCCUUAACACAAUAAUGAUUGUAGAGUAAAUGAGUUCUUAAAUGCUAGACUCAAAUUUUUGGAUUCUCAAUAAUUGUUUUGCAAUGGCAGCAUAAAAUGAAUAUUCAAAACGUAAUUUGAACUGAAUUACUAGAUCUAUUAAUCUUCUUGCUUUGCUCAUCAGUCACCGGGCUAAACAGGCUUCAAGUUAUAGGGAGAACCGGGUGCUUUUACGUUGAAAAAUCUAACCUCGUUACCUUUAAAUGCUAGUCCCUUCCAAUGAAAUUAGGUAAUGUCCCUGAUAGAGCGUGUCGGCUUGCUGCCGGUUUGGAUUAAAGCUUACGUCUCUUUAAUACCGACGUUAUUCUGGUAUUCGUCUAGGCCUUCAUUUUGUGUCAUGUUCAGCUUGAUGUUAAAUUUAAUACCUUGUUUCUAACAUUCUUGUAUCACCACUUGACGUUUUAGCGAUUGUCUCGUCGCUUUUAUCUCGCCUAUGCACGUGUGCCAUUAAUGGAAAACAUUUCGCGUGUGUAUCACUUUAAUUAUGUAACGGUAAUUUCAUUAGAUGUGUGC